AUGUCGAACUUGUUCUCUGGAAUUAGCGGACGCUUCAGAGGUGGUGGUAAGAAUGGCGGUACAAAAAGCCCUGGACCUGCAUCACCUACAGGCACCUCCCACAGCUCUUCAUCCACAAACCUUGUGCCACGCAUGCCCCCAUUGCCGAACUCGCCCUCGCUUUCCCAGACUCUAUCUAUGAACGAUUCUUCCAGCAGUCUCCAGAGUAAUGACGUGCUCGCUUGCUACAAUCUUCCUCGCCCAAAGCCUCUCUGGCUAAACGACUCGUACUCUAAGCAUAUCGUCAAGGGUAACUUCAUGACGCUGUCUGCUCGCCCCAAGACUGUUGAGCAAGGUGAAUGGAUCGCGCAUCAAGUUGUUGAGCAUUACCGGAUCCUCUGGAACUUUGUCCGAGUUAUUCAUGACAAGGAUGAGGAUGGAUCCUCUAUCUGCAACCCUCAAACUUGUCCCCGCAUGUCAGCUGGAGCUAAUCACUCCUUCACAUGGUUGAACUCCCGCAAAGAGCCCGUCGAGGUUCCUGCUCACGAGUAUAUCUCCCUAAUGCAAAGAUGGAUCUCCGGCAAGAUUGACAACACCACCAUCUUCCCUACUGACCCUGCCGGUGUCUCAUUUGCCCACAAUACCGGUGCCCCAGACAUUACAGCGGCAACCUACGCAUCUGGCGGUCUCAACACCCCUGGAGCAAACACGCCUAUCCCAGCCGGCCCAACAACCCUUACCACCUCCCUCUCACAACUGGCUGGCCCUGGUGACUGGGUCGGAAAGAGUAGUGGCUUCCCAGUCGAGUUCUUUGACGUGUGCCAGACCAUCUUCCGUCAGAUGUUCCGUGUCUAUUCGCAUCUCUACUGGGCUCACUUCACCGACCCAUUCUACCACCUGAAUCUGGAGAAGCCGAUGAACAGUUGCUUCAGUCAUUUUGUUCUUACUGCUACCGAGAUCGACAUGCUGAAGCCUCAUGAGCUGGAGCCAAUGCAACCUUUGAUCGAUUUGUGGGCCGCCAAUGGCACCUUUCCUAAGGAGUCGAAGGCUUUCGCUUGUGCUAAUCUGAGAGCCGGUGAACGCUUGCUAUCACUGGCUGGUGUUAACUAA